AUGUGGAUCAACUGCGGGAAACUGUCUGAGUUCACGCAAACGCGAUACGUGGUCCGUCUGACGACAGGCAAGAAAGUUGUCUUAUUCCGGCUACCGACGAUCGACAAAUCAAACUUGAAAUCAAACGAGACUAAUGAUGGCUGGUCUUACUACGCCAUGGAGGCAGAAUGCCCACAUGCUGGCGGCCCAAUGGCCGACUCUUCAGUUGACAUCGAGGACUCGGCAUAUGUCGUGUCUUGCCCGUGGCACGCAUAUGAUUUCAAUGUAGAGACUGGCCAAUCGAGCGUCGGUAUCAAGGCCUGCACAUUUCCUGUGGAUGUGCGCGGCGAGUCUGUCGCGCUGGACUUCCCCGUCGAAGAUGAAAUCAGCGUGGGACUUGAUAGUGUCGAUCCUGUCAGUGAGAGAGUCAAGCUCAAGCACCCGCGGCCUGCAGAGAAGGCGGUGGCUGAUAUCACUACCGCUAUUGCUACUAUCUCUGUUUCUGAUUCUGCGAAUCCAGAGGACCCUGGAAUGGCGACUUAUCUGGGCGACGACGCGACGCUUUGUGACUGGGCCGCCCACAUUCUCAACACCGCUAACCCAGAGCACAAGAUCGAGCUGACUACGCAUCUUUUCUCUAUUUUUGCUACUAGAGAGGCAUCCAAUUCACCCAUGCCGCUUGGUAGGGGAUCCGUCGCACCACCUGACCAGCCUCCGCGCGAGAAAAUGGAAACCGUUGACCCCGGCCAGAUGCCGAAGGCAGGACGAGGUGGGACCUUGAAGAGCCGAAUUGCUAUGCUCCACGCGCUAGCAAAUAUUGAACUCUGGGCCAUCGACCUAGCUAUUGAUAUCUGCAUCCGCUUCGCGACGUUCCAAACAGAAGGGACGUCUGAGGAACUUCCACGCGCAUUUUUCUACGACUGGCUGAAGGUCGCAAACGACGAGGCUAAGCACUUCUCCCUUCUCCGCACCAGACUAGAGGAGAUGGGUGCUAGGUUUGGUUCGCUUCCCGUACACCACAGUCUGUGGCUAUCAGCAACUGAAACUGCGUAUGACCUCCGAGCCAGGAUCAGUAUUAUUGCCCUGGUGCAUGAAGCACGAGGCUUGGAUGUCAACCCCAUGACGAUUGAGAAGUUCCGCAAAGCUGGGGACGGUGAGAGCGUGGAGGUCCUGGAGGUUAUUCACAACGACGAAAUCACACAUGUUACUACUGGCCACCGGUGGCUGACGUGGAUCUGUGCACAGGAGGGGACCGAUCCUGUUCAGGUCUUCCGGUCGAAUGUGCAGAAACAUUUCAAGGGUCCAAUCCGGGGGCCAUUCAAUGAAGAAGCGCGAUUGCAGGCUGGAAUGGACAAGCGCUAUUACGAGAGUGCUCCCAGCGCGGGGAUUGCAGCCUCAUGA